CCUCCCCCACAGAAGAGAUUUGAGGUUUUGCCAUUGUCACUUUGCAGGUGCAAAUUUUGUUAUUGGUCUUUGAUUUUGUAACAUCCAAAAGGUCUAAACAAUGAAAAACAGACCACAAGAUCAUGUGGUCACUUUUAUCUUGGCAGAAACCAAUAAUGUGAGGAACAAUUUUAGAAGAAUUCUUCUAAGAAUUAUGUUCACCAUUGUCUUCUUCUUUUGUCUUUCAUACUUAUUUUACACCUUAUUCUUCUUAAAUCCACCAUUCAAGUCCACUCAAAAAGCUUUAGAUACUUUAAUUAGAUUUAACCAAGCAAAUCAGUCAAAUACUAUCCAAAAAAAACCUACUAUAAAACCUCCGGUAGAAAAAACUCAGCUGAACCAUAUUGUUUUUGGCAUUGGAUCAUCAUGCGCCACGUGGAAACAUCGAAAAGAGUACGUUAAAUUAUGGUGGAAGCCAAAUAAAAUGCGAGGGUUUGUAUGGUUAGACAAACCUAUGAUCAUGUCACAAAAUCAAAGCAUGAGUCCUAGUAAUUACAACAAUGUUACUAGUUCACUUCCACAAAUCAAAAUUUCUAGUGACACAUCAAGAUUCAAGUAUACCAAUAAAAAAGGCGAUCGAUCGGGGAUUCGUAUAUCCCGGGCCCUAUCGGAAACAGUAAGGGCAGAUUCGGAAAAUGUGAGGUGGUACGUGAUGGGGGACGAUGAUACAUUUUUCGUGCCCAAAAAUUUGGUUAGGGUGUUGAGGAAAUAUGAUCAUAACCAAUAUUAUUAUAUAGGGAGUGUAUCGGAAACACAUUGGCAAAAUCAUGAGUUUUCGUAUAAUAUGGCUUAUGGAGGUGGAGGUUUUGCUAUAAGUUAUCCAUUGGCAAAGGCAAUUCAGAAAAUGCAAGAUAAAUGUCUACAAAAGUAUACACAUUUGUAUGGAUCAGAUGAUAGGAUUCAAGCUUGUAUGGCUGAACUUGGAGUUCCUCUCACCAAAGAAGUUGGAUUUCACCAGUUUGAUCUACAAGGUAGUGCAAUGGGCCUCCUCUCGGCCCAUCCAGUAGCACCAUUGAUUUCUCUUCAUCAUCUUGAUAAAAUCCAGCCCAUCUUCCCAAAUGUAAGCCGAGUUAAAGCGUUGAGACGGCUCAACAAGCCCAUAGAACUGGACUCAGCUGGGCUCAUGCAACAGUCCAUUUGUUAUGAUAGGCCCAAAGGAUGGACCAUUUCCGUCUCGUGGGGCUAUUCGGUCCAGAUAAAUAGAGGUAUCUUAGCAGCCCGUGAUAUAGAAAAGCCCAUUCAAACUUUCAAUGAUUGGUAUGGAACUGGUGAUGAGAACUCCUACACAUUCAACACAAGGCCAUAUCGUAAAAAUGCUUGUCAAAGACCAUUUUUCUAUUUGUUGUCUAAUGUACAUGUGACAACCAAUCAUACGACGACAAGCGUAUACGUGUAUGACGGGGCCCCUGGACGGAAGUGCAAGUGGCAUAUGGCCGAUCCAUCUGGCGUACGCCGCGUGGAAGUGUACAAGAAGCCUGAUCCAAAUUUAUGGGACAAGGUAAUUACUUCUGUUUUAUUGUCACUUAUGUUGUUGACUCUCCAAAAAUGUCGUUGCGCAAGUGUAGGAUCCAGCAAAAAUGCAUUACUUUUGAAGGAUCCGACACAUUAUGAUAGUAUUUUUGAAGAGUUCGAGCAACAUUGAUUGUCACUAUGCUAUGUAUUGAUAGAUUUGUUUUUGUGAAUGUUUACAUGCAGUCUCCAAGAAGAAAUUGCUGCAGAAUUUUGCCUACAAACAAGAAUGACACUCUUUUAGUAGAUGUGGGUGAAUGCAAAGAUGGUGAAACCAUCUAAUUGUAGUGACAGACUAAAUAGGAUUUAUUUUUUCCCCACUCUUCCUAGUGCUAUUCAUGUCAUUAUUUGUAGCCCCCCCCAAUUAAGUCAUUUUUUUUUUCUAAUAUGGAAAGGAGCUCAGAUUACACAUAUUGCCAUGUCCAACAAAAAGCAAAAAAUGCAACAGUGAGCUUAUAAUCUUGUUAUACUUUGAAAGAGGGAAAUACAAGAAAGAAUGCAAGAUCUUAAUUCAUAUGAACUUACAACAUUACUGUACUAUGUCUUGAACAAUAAAAAGAAUGACGAGAUUCAGAGUGUAUGGGAGAACACGCUACUCCUCUCUAUUUUCCUCAUGAAAACAGAAUAAUCUUAUGUGUGAAUCUGGCGAACAGGCCUACACGACAUAUAUGCACUAAACAGAAAGCUCUUCGUAUUUGUUUCAGAUACUUACCACGCUGCAUUCGAUGUGUACCUAAAGAGUUCAUUCAAUAUAUGUGAUGACAUAACCAACUGCACGAUCUUCUUCACAGGAACGAAGCAA